CCCCGCCAACCAGCGCAGACCAUCUCGUGCUUCACUUGACGCCUCAUCUCAUCGCAGCGUCGAGCCAUUGCUGUUCAAGAUGCCGGCCUACAACUCCGACUUCAACUCCGACCCCAACCCUCCUCGCCUCAUCGGCAACUUCCCCCUCCUCCCCCUCCGCACAAAGACGCGCGGUCCCGCCUACGUCCUGCCCUUCCCGUCACCGCCGCUGCCCGCCCACGAGUCUCCCGAAAUCGAGAGCGAGAGCUAUGACAUCCUGGACGAGGUCCUCCGCCUGUUCCGCGCAAACACCUUCUUCCGCAACUUCGAGAUCAAGGGUCCCGCUGACCGCCUGCUCGUCUAUGGAAUCUGGUUUGUGAGCGACUGCCUGCAGAAGAUUAAGCCCAAUGCCAGCGCUCGCGAUGCCGGCAAGGAGGUCAACAAUUUGGCGCUGGAUCUCAACUUUGCUAUUCCCGGAGACCCAGGAUUCCCCCUGAACCAGAUGUACGAACCCCCUCGAGACAGGCAGGACGCAGAGCAGCUCAAGCUGUACAUGGCACAAGUCCGACAGGAGCUUGCAUCCCGGUUACUGGCUAGAGUGUACGAGGAGGAUGAGUCCAAGCCCAGCAAGUGGUGGUUGAGCUUCACGAAGAGAAAGUUCAUGGGCAAGUCGUUGUAAGACAAGAGGAGUUGCUUGGUGGCAUUUAGACGGACAAUAUACUAUUUUACUGCAACUUGAGAGAGC